AUGCCACCUCCUUCACCAUCACCACCACUCUCUUACACAACACCCCCUUCUCUCAAUGCCUUCUUCUGUAAACCAGCCGAGUUCAGGUCGACACACCCUCCAAUCCAACAUCUCAUCGCCGGCGCUCUAGUCACCAACCCCCAAGGCCAAAUUCUCCUUCUCCGCCGCGCAGCACACGACUCAUGGCCUCUCCUGUGGGAAGUCCCCGGCGGCUGCGUCGACGAAGACGACACUGAUCUCAUCGCCGGUGCCGUCCGCGAACUCUGGGAAGAAGCCGGUUUGCGCGCCAAAACAGUAAAAGGCAUCGUGGGUAUAGCACCCAUCACCGAACCCAUGCCUGAUGAUCCGUUGGAGAAAGAUUUGGAAGUUCUGUACGACAUGCUUGUAUUUCGAGCUCAUGAUGGAGUUUGGGGCAAGUUAACUAUUUGGGUGGAUGUGGAGAGUUACGAGGACGUUAAGAUCGAUGAGGAUGAGCAUGUUGAGUUUGCGUGGGUGACAAAGGAGGAGGCGUUAAAGAAUCGGUUCAAGGAUGGGAGGGAGUUGCAUUUUGUGAGUAAAGGAGUUAAGAGGAAUGUCCUUGAGGGGUUCCGAUUGUGGGAGCAGGAAAGUCAAAGGAGUAGCUGA